AUCAGCUCCCGACCACUUCAAGCAUCAUGUCGACUGUUUACCACGAGGCUACGAGUAGAGAUACCAGGACCAAGAAUCAUAAGAAUAACCUCACAAUCUGCUUAAUACAGUAGUUGCAGUCAGCUUCAGACCAUGUCGUCGACGUCCCUGGCUGAGCUUUUGGGCACCCUCCGCAAAGAAAAUGGCCAACCAGACCUUGAGGCCAGACGGGAAGAGUAAGUCAACACAAAAACAUGGCUUCUGGGAUUAUCUGAGACUUCCAGGCUCAAUGAUUUGAUUCGGAGCCUUCCCAGCAACGACUUGCGCUUUCUAAAACACCAACUGGAAUCUUAUACCUUGGAAAAGGACAUAUGCGGAAGCUUACCACCCGAGCUUCUUCUCCACGUUUGUGCGUACCUCGAUCUAGACGAGUUCCUCAAGGCACGAUGUGUGUCGCGUCUAUGGUACAAAGCAUUUUCCGAACCCAAGGUGCUUCGCAGUAUUGCCAGAGUACAUUCCUUGUCUGCUCGGAGAGAAUCCUUUGAUCCGAAAGAUCGAGAAUUGCAAAAUGAGGCACAUCCUUCGAUUUUGGAAUGGCUACCAAGAGCUGCAUCAAAGAGAACCAAGAGACUUCACGGCCAGUAUACAUCGGUGUCUGCGCGACCGUAUACCAAGCCACAACCAAACCAUCAAGCAGUGGCUGCGAAGCAGUACUGUGGAGGAAGAGUCGCUUUCAAUCUAGGCGAGAGGAGUAUUGCAAUCACAGAUCUCCGCACAAAUAUCACGACAACUGUGAUGGAUCCUGAUAGGGCAAGGCUGGAAAAAUGGCAUUUAUCAGAGCAGUUUUUGGUAGCCUUUACUAAAAGCCCGUGAGUAUUUUUUUUUCCUUUGGCGAGAUUUACUUUGUACUAAAGAGCUCGUCAGCCAAUACAUCAUUGCGUUUCCCUUGGGCCUUGAAGUCGGCGAAUCCAAGAGCGUCCGGCUCCCCUCCGCGGUCAGAGGGCUCUUCCAGUAUCAGGACGUUGUUGGUAUGAUAACAACCAUGUAUGAAGUUCUGAUCUGGGAAAUUGGGGGGAAGCUUCGUUCUUUGGCUGCUUCUAUCCCUGACCAUCUUGUGCCCUUCAAGCUAAAGCCUGUUGGCAUGACUUUUCAUCCUCAGGACACGCGCAACGUUUUUGUUGUUCUUACUGGCGCAAAUAGACAAGUGUCUAAUAGCAAAUGCAAACUUUCCGAGCCGAUCACCAAAAUCGUUAUUCAGGAAUACAGAUAUCCUGAGCAGCUCCCAGUUACUAUACACGAGUUCGACUUGUUCCGCGAUGUCGAAGUAGAUUUUGACAAAGAUACUCCCAAUCGGAAAUUUCUUGCACUCGAGGAUAAUUCCAUUGGUAUCGGAAUUAGAGAUAUGGUCUCGACAGCAAUGGACGAUGAGGAGCCCGAGGAUGUUGUUUGGGGAGAGAGCCAGUACAAGAGAGUGCCUCCGGCACUUCCAAGGCCACAUCCAUGCAAACAUGAUAUAUCUUCCAAGAAGGCUUUACGCCCGCACACACGAUGCCGUCAAUCCGUUGAACUAUCUCAGCACAAGACGAUAAAAGCCCUUGUUGUGGUCAAAUUCAAUACCCAGUCGAAAAUCUUUAGCACACAGUGUUACCAUCCACCAAUUUAUACCGGCUACGAGUUGCCGACGUAUGCAGAAACCCACCUGUAUGAUCAUGCUCUCUUUUGGCGAAAUCAACUCGUAACUGGAGAUGGCACUUCUCCUGCAUAUAUUAUGGGACUUAAUGAUUGCAGUCAACGCCCCAAUGAUAUGGAUGCGUCACUAGAUUUCUGCGGCUAUGGGCGACUAGAAUCCAAGACAUCAUGGACCGCGUUUACCUGGGUAAGUCAUCGAUCUGAACCCGCGGGAGCACAAUGGGCCGGAAGGGCAGAUCCUAACAGUGGGGACUUUCAAUCGGAAUUCCAAGGCGACGACGAAUUUGUGGUCAGGUUUCUGCCGUACGGCUAUUUUGUCUGGUAUUUUGGCGAACAUAUAGCAAUUCCCACUGUGCGACCGACCCGUAUUCAUACGGAGAGAAAAUUAUGUGAUCAUGAGAUAUCUGAGUAAGAUGAGGAUAAGGUUCCUGUUCGAGGAUUGGCCGACCCUCUCUUUUACCGUGGUGGGAGGACGUAUGGAAGUUACUAGUGGGUCGACCAGGUUAGUCGAUAACCUAGUGUGUAUUUCCUCGUGAUGGUUAUCAAAAUCAUCUGCUUCCAUCGGUACUAACAGAUCUGGCACAUUGUAUCAGUCUUUGACGGUUUUAUGCUACCGUAGAUCUCAAAACCUAUUAAUGUCCAAAUGCCCUAGAAUCAUGUAUCAAUCACCCAGGUUGAGAGCUUGGUAAUCUGGGAUGUAUUUCUCCGUAAAGACGGCACAAGUUAUCUGCUUUCGCUGAUGCUAGGUGGUAGCAUUUGCACAUUAUAUCCGUCGUCGUCGGUUUUAAGCUGCUGUAAAUACCGAAUUCCAACGUCCAUAGGCUGUUGUAUACAUACACCCUUUUAAUUCAAUGUGCUUCAUGUACUCGUAGCUCUUACUCUUCCCACAGACCCAGCUGUAAAGCCGAUGUAUAUCACCGAAAGCUGUCGGAGAAAUGCACCGCUGAUUACUGGUAUUGGUGGGGGACUUCACUCAAUGACGUGGGGCAUUUUCGCAGCUGAAAUAGUGGGGUGAAGAGAAGAUAAAACAACUAAGUUACCAACUAUCUCUUCCCUUGAAAACCACAAAACACCAUCAAUUCUUCUUGAAAACAUUUGUGGAUAUCCAAAGAGUCUUCAGUUCGUGUCAAAUUUCAGCGUUCAACACGUACACCCGCAGAGAUGAAAGUAUUUCUUAGUGGUACGUAUACUUUGGGAUUGAUAUUCUCCAAACUACCCCGCAUCCUUCCCCCACUAUCACUACUCUUGUUCUCCCACCAAGACUCCGUUCGAAUCGCAACCUAGGUUGGAAUUGGGGUAAGGUCAAUAAUAGUAACGUUUCGUAGGAGGAUCCGGCUUCAUCGCCGCCCAUGUUCUUGACAUUCUCCUUGAACAGGGUCAUGAGGUUAUCACCUCCGUUCGUUCCCAAGCCAAAGCCGACAAGAUCAAAGCUGCACACCCGAAUGUACCAUCCUCUAAACUCGACUUCCGCAUCAUAGAGGACAUUGCAGUUCCAGGUGCCUUUGACGAAGCUCUCAGAAUCGACGGUCUCGAAGCUGUCAUUCAUACAGCUAGUCCUUUCCACUUUAACGUCACCGACAUCAAGAAAGACCUCCUCGAUCCCGCAAUUACUGGCACCAAAGGUAUCCUCUCCGCCAUCAAAAAAUAUGCACCUUCCGUUAAGAAAGUCGUAAUUACCUCCUCUUUUGCCUCCAUCGUGGACCCCUCGUUAGGAAAUGAAGCUCCCUCCAAGACUUAUACCGAGAAGGAUUGGAAUCCAAUUACAGAAGCCGAGGCAUUAGAAAAUCCUUCUAAUGGUUACCGUGCCAGUAAAACAUUUGCUGAGCGUGCAGCUUGGGAGUUUGUCGAGAAGGAGAAGCCAAAUUUCACCCUGAGCACUAUGUGUCCGCCUUUGGUUAUUGGUCCAGUGGUGCAUUACUUGAAUUCCCUGGAUGCACUCAACACUAGCAAUCAGAGAACAAGAAACUUCAUGACCGGGGAGUGGAAGAAGGAGAUUCCAGAUACCGGGACUUUCGUAAGCCCCGUCUCUCUUCACCCUAUAUUCAUUCGCUAGUCAAUUGCUAACGCCAAUAACAGGUUUGGGUAGAUGUUCGCGACCUUGCCCUCUGUCACGUUCUAGCUCUUACUAAGGAGAAGGCUGCCAACGAGCGUUUCUUUAUUGUUCAAGGCUUCUUCAGUAACCGUGAUAUAUGCGAGAUUAUCCUCAAGAACUUUCCUGAGCUAGCAGAUAAGUUACCGGGCAAGGAGGUGAAGAGUGGCGAUUAUCCAGCCGGCGGCCCAGAUGCUCUCUACAAAUUUGAUAACUCCAAGGUAAAGGAUAUCCUGGGCGUCAAAUUUAGGUGUUUGGAGGAGAGUGUUACGGAUUUGGUAAAGAGCCUGAAGGGAAUCGGUGCGUAGAUGGGAUUUGGGAAUUCGUUUUCUUCAAGGCUGGUUAGAAUAAUGGUAGAGGGGCUCCUUGGAAUGAAAAUUG